AUGGCGGCUGCGAGGAUGGGGAACAUGGAGAUACAGCCGGACGACAAUUACACAUGGCGUAAAUAUGGCCAGAAGGAAAUUCUCGGUUCUAGAUUUCCUAGGGCCUACUAUAGGUGCACCCACCAGAAACUAUACAAGUGUCCGGCAAAGAAACAAGUGCAACGGCUCGACGACGAUCCUUACAUGUUCCGUGUCACUUACCGUGGUUCACACACGUGUCAUUUCUUCACCAAAUCUCCGAUCUCAUCAGCAGCCGUCACCGCAACAACCGCCACCGUUCGUUACGGUCUAUGUUCGGCAAUAUGGACGCUGUUGUUCCUUUAG